UAUCCAGUAAGCAGAGAAGCCAAUGUUCAAGCUUGUCAAAGCGUAGUUUUAUUGUCAGUCCUUUUAAAUACAAAUAUUUUCAUAACAAAAUAAUUAUUCAAAAGACAUUAGCAUUCAAAUAAUUUAUCUUUAUAAUAAAUAUUAACACCAAAUAUACUAUGUUUCCUAAAAGAGAUUAAACUAUCUAGAAAAUACGUGUACGUGUAAUAUCGUAAAUAGAGAAAAGUUUAUAAUAAUUCAUAUAUUAUGUAUGAAAGUAUAACUGAAAAUGCGGUGUAGUGUACAAAAUUGUACAAAUGAUACAAAACGAACAACUAAAAGCCAUGGAAUUACAUUUCAUAUGUUUCCGAGGGAAGCUAGCUUGCGUACCAAAUGGAUAGAAGCCCUCUGUAUUGAUUGGGAACCGAAAGACAGGAGUACUGUAUGUUCUGAACACUUCAACACUGACGAUUUUUAUGAAACUAAAUGUGGACUAAGGAAGAUCAAGAAUGGAGCCAUACCAGUUCUUGCACAGGAUUUGAAUGAGGACUUAAAUUCAUCAGCAGUUUGGAAGGUGUGUAGGAUAUGUCUGGCUACGGACAGAAAACUGUACCAUAUAGCAGAUUAUAAAUUAAAUUUGCCAUAUCAAGAAAUAACUGGAUUGUUGCCGAGUGAGGAUGACAAUUUGCCGCAGAAGUUGUGUUGGGAGUGCACACACAGACUUGUGUCGUGUCACAGGUUUAGGAACAAGGCAAUCAUGAGCCAGAGACUGAUGACAGAUUUAUUAUCAACUGAGACACAUUUAACAAUUCAAAUGGUGAAAAAUAUAAAUAAAAACGAACAUGGAUUAAAUACGAGUUUAGUACAAAAAUAUUAUGAACCAAAUGAUUGCGACUUACAUGUUAAUCAAGGCAUUUUGAAGACUGAGUUCUCUGAUACCGAUGACGUCGUCGAUGACGUCAUUGAUGACGUAUAUAAUUAUGACGUCAAAGUCCAGGCUGUGCCUUUACUGGAGUUAGAAAUCAAACGUGAAGAUAAUGGGAUGUUUGUAAGUGAUCAUCAUUUUGAAAGUGAAGAUGAUAGGAAAUUGAGUGAAAUGAACGUAAAGAAACAGAAGGUGAAAAGAAAAAAGAAGGUAAAAGUCGAGAAGAAGCAAGUGAAAGUGAAAAAUGAUGAUGAUAAUCCGCUAAUGACUAUGGAUAGGUACAAAAUCUCUGAUGUUAAACGAAGAAAGCAUAUAGAUGGGUUAGAUGAAACAUUAUUUACUAUAAAAAAUCUCACAUACGAAGAACAGAUAGAAGAAAUAACUAAACGACAGUUUACAACUUCUUACACAACUGCUCCGUACAAAUGUGAUGUUUGUUUUAAAGGUUUUAUAAUAAAAGAUAGAUUCGACGCACAUAUAGUGAGACAUACAGAGCAAAGUGGUGCAUAUGAAUGUUUCGUAUGUAAAACUCGUUUGAAAUCAGCGAGGGCUUUGAGAAAACAUUUAACAUCGCAACAUACGGAGCAGUUCAAUUGUAAAGGAUGUCCAUUUGUUACUAGGAAUAGAGGAGUUGCGAGAGAACAUGAGAAAUGGCACGCAGGUACUAAAUACCAAUGCCCGCAUUGUCCCUGCGAAUUUGACAAAUUAACAACUUAUAUGGGUCAUAUUCGGAUAAAACACGUAUCGGAUUUCGUUUGUGAACUUUGCGGUUAUACGUUUGUUAGUCAAAAAGGUAUUGAAGUACAUAAAAAGAAGAAACAUCGAUUACACGAUAAAACGAUAAGUUUAGAAGGUCCGUAUUGCGAAUUGUGUGAUGUCAGAUUUAUAUCAGAAGACGCUUACAGCAGACAUCUUAAGUUAUCUUCUAGACACAGCAGCGAUGACGAUCCGAAUAAGAUACGCAAUGAUUCUCAAAGUAUGAACACAGAGAGUGUUCGAGUACGUUCCGUACGUCGUAUAGAGAGACGACCGAUGAUCCACGCGCGCGACGUCGCUAACGACGCUGAUAUAACCCAUCACGGACCUAUUGCAUGCGAACAGUGUGGUGUACAAUUAAGAGAUUUACGUCUUUACGCUCAACAUUUCCGACGAGAACAUCCAGAUAAGAAUCGUACCAAAUAUCCCGCUAUGAAAACACCAGCUAUGUGUGAAAGAUGUGGGAGGAUAUUCCAGAGUAUGGCUUUACUAAAAGACCACAUGUGGGUCCACACUGGUAUCAAGCGUUUUAAAUGCUCAAGUUGCGAGAAGAGUUUCACACAACGUAGUAACCUGAUGUUACAUUUGCGAGUGCACAGUGAACAACGACCUUUAUACGAAUGUCCACUUUGCGGGAAACGGUUCGCAUUCUAUAAUAAUAGAAGAAGGCAUAUGUUUAUUCAUACUGGUUUGAAACCUCACCGUUGUGAAACUUGUGGCAAAUGCUUCACAACAGCGGGCGAACAACGCGCCCACGUGCAGCAUGUCCAUCUCAAGAAACCCUGGCCAAGGCGUGCGCGGGCACGUCGCGACUGGGCUAAACCGCAACCCUAGCGCUUUUGACAACCCUAAUAUGCAACCCUAACUUCUAGUGAUGAAACCGGUGUAUCUUGUGACAACCCUAACUUCUAGUGAUGAAACCGGUGUAUCUUGUGACAACCCUAACUUCUAGUGAUGAAACCGAUGCAUCUUGUGACAACCUUAGCACAGUGCAACCCUAAACUCUAGUGAUGAAAUUGGUGUAUCUUGUGACAACCCUAACUUCUAGUGAUGAAACUGGUGCAUUUUGUGACAAUCCUAACACAGUGCAAACCUAACAUCAAUAUUGCAUCUACGCAGCGCAUUUACACUAAACUCCUGGUUAACCCUGGUAAACCCCAACACAGUGUAACCCUAACUCCAAUGCAGACGAACAGAGCAGUUAUACAAAAGCUUAAUCCUAGGGAUGAAACUGGUGCAUCUUGUGACAACCCUAACAUACUAGUAACCUUUUCAUCACUACUGCAGGCAACCAGCACUACAGUACUGAGUCACAAUGUGACAAAGAUACUAACACAUGUUACUAGUAAUUAAAUUGUCUAUCGUGAGACAUUACUUUAAGCAUAAAUUAAUUAAAAACUGCUGUUACUAGGUUGUCAACAAUAUGACAAUUUUUUUAUAAUGUGACAAACCUAGUAUCACUAAUUAUUACCGACUGAGGCAAUCCUAGCAUCACUAUUAUGGCAGUCAUAAAACAAUAUCAAGCCAUCAUAACCCAUUAUCUGACAACCUUAGAUUUGAUAGAAAAAACCAAAUUUGUGUCAUUUGGCAACACUAACACAACAGGUGAUAGAACUCGAUGGGAUUGCGGCAACACUAUACCUUACAUAGCGACUUAUACAAUAAAUUCUAAAAUGAUUCAACCCUACAAUAUGUACAGCCAUACCUACAGCUGCCCUUGUCCAAUUUAAACCCAAGCAACAGUUGCUAUAGCUCUCUCUGUCACACACAUUAGAUACAAUAAGUGUGAAAGAGUUAACUACUAAAUAUUGACUUCUUUUUGAAUUAUGAAUGUAAAAAGUAUCAAUAUAAUAUGUCUGAUAUUUAAAAAAAUUGUGACUCCUACUAAGCCUACUAUUGCUAAAUUUUUGUGUGUUUUUUCUGUGUGUCCUAUUUAUUUAUUUAAUGA